UGUUCCCGCGCAAACUCGCCGUCACCAUGAACAGUCUCAACAAGGGUAUCAUCGUCUGGAUCCUGGUAUCCACAAUUCUCGUCAGCUGUUGCUUCGGCGCCAAAUCGGUGCCCGUCAAGCGUCGUAUGGUCCUCCGGUUACCAUUUGUGCACAAUCAGGAGAACUCGCAGACCUUCCAACACCGCAACUUCCUCCGCAUGCUCAACGGAAACUCAAAAACCAAGAAGGCCCUGAACUUAGAAGACGCCGCCACCGAACCGAAUGAGGACUUUGCCAAGCACAUCUACAUGUUCCGUAGAGUAAUCUGAACCACCCCGUGACGUCACAAAAAUCGAUAAUCAUUAUUUUUUCUUGCAACCCCCCUCCCUUCCCCCGUUCUCAAGCCGUCUAGAUCUCUCCUCUUCUCCUCCCUCAACUUUUUUUUCCAAAUUUUUUCAUUUCUCACCUACUAUCUUGUAAAUAGUACGAGUUUAUUAUAUUCCACAUACAAUUAAUAAUAAAAAUAAUGUUUACACACAAAUAUCACAGCCUUCCCUUUUCACCAUACUUUGGCCCGUUUUUUUUUUCGAAUUUUGACUUUUCACGGUGAAUAAAGGUAGAAAAUUGUUA